GGCAGGCGCUUGUGUGUACCGAUACGAAAAAUAUAUAAUUUCGCGGGUUAAUAUAUGACUUUAGAAUGUAUUUUAUCUGUUUAAUACUAAUUUUUAUAUAGCUAUCAUUGCAAAAGUAAAUAUAAAAACGCAGGAUUUUAGUGAAAUAAGUAAGUUUAUUGAAAUUUAAGACGGUUUCGUUUUACAAAGUAUGAUAAACUGAAAACAUGUCGUUCAAAGCUUAAAGUGUCUCUAAAAGAUCUCAUUACGGAUUUUCUAUGGGCUUAAGGAUGACGUCACAAACGUUGAAGAUUGAAUCGCGCUCUCUGUGCACCACGCCGUCUGAGAGAUGCGACCAGCCAGUCACCGUCAAAGUGGGGUGUCUCCACAUCAAUCCAGCUACCACGCGCGGACGCAGAGUGUUCCUGUUACAAAUGCUGGUACUGUGUUUUGUGCCACACGCGGCGCUAGUUGCUCAGAAUUGCGAGAUUAUAACUCAGCUAUCUAGUACUCUGGACUCCUCCCUGUAUUUGGAUUCUGAGAUCAACGAGGCAUUGUUAGUCGGGAGCGCUGUGAUGAGUCUUCAGAACGAGAGACAAGUGGUCAACAACAAUUCGUAUUUCACACAGGAUCCAAGCGCCAUUUCAACACUGGAACGUGUAUUUUCGUCGACGGAUGGGCAUUUGGACGCGAUAUCGCAUCUGAUUGAAAAUCACUCAAUAAUGUCAUUGUAG